CUGAUUGUCAACAAAAAUAAUUUGAAAAUUGUUUAUAUUUCUCUUAAAUUUCUUUAUUAUUUAUUAUAAAAAUUCUGAAUAAUUUACUUGAUUAAAUAAUGUAAAACAAUUGCAGGCAUGAUUAAUAAAAGUACUUCCAUAGAGAAAUGCUUGGACAACAAAAAUGUACCACUAAUAAAAAAUAUAAAAAGUAUAAAAUGGAUGAACAACCGUGCCCUAUCAAAAGAACAAUACCAACCAGCCUAUAUAGAACAUAUAGCCAACAUAAUCACUCACGCCAUAUGGAUCUUCCCAAGUUUUCUAGGAACCCUCGAACUAUACAGAAGAUCUCAUAACAAUGCUCAACUAAUCUCCGCAAUAGUCUACGGCCUAACUCUAAUAUCCCUCUUUUGUUCAUCAACAGCUUUCCAUUGUGUAUUCUAUUGCCAAAACCAACAAACUCUUAAAGAUGUCUUGCAUCGUUGCGACAGAGGCAUGAUCUACAUUUUCAUAGCAGGCUCUUAUUUUCCUUGGUUGACUAUCGAACAACUGCCUCUAGAAGGCCUGUCUUCCCACAUGCGCUGGAUCAUAUGGAUAAUGGCCCUGAUGGGCAUUGUGUACCAGCAAAUCUUCCACGAAAAAUACAAGAGACUGGAAAUUGUUUUUUAUUUGAUUAUGGGCAUUUGCCCAGUACUACCUAUAAUAUCAGAGCAUUACUUCAUGGGAAUGAUGGAAUUGACUCUAGGAGGUAUUCUUUAUGUUUUAGGGGUAGUUUUUUUCAAAUGCGAUGGGGUAAUACCGUUUGCCCAUGCCAUUUGGCAUUUGUUUGUUGCGAUGGCUGCAUAUGCCCAUUACUAUGCCAUUAUUAAUUAUUUAUAUCCGUUAAUUAAUAUUCCAGUUUAAGGGGUGAUUUUUGUCUGUGAUUUUCAGUUUCCUUAUGUCUGUGAAUUUUUUUAGUUAAGAGUAAAAUAACAAAUUGUUUAAUAAGUGACUUUCAGAUUUAGAGUUUGAGCCUCUAUUUUGUUGUAGACUGAAUAUGAGAUCUCUUACUAUACCUACCUACUGGGGAUUUACAAUUAUUGUGAAUUAUAAAUCAAAUCAAAGUAUCUACUAAUAAUGAUGUUCAGAUGAUUCAAAAUAAAUCAUUAAGGUUAAAUUUACUGCAAAGGAGAAAAAUCCUCAAAUAAAAAGUAUUGAUAAUGAAGAUAUUUUGAAGAAAAACAUCAGAAAAUCAAAAUUUGUUGUACUGUUUAAAUAUACUAACUUUUAUUGUUUAGAUAGCUAAGCCUUUUUAAGUACUAAAUAUACUCCAAUAGCUAGAUUAUUCAAAGAUAGACAAACCUGCCAUAGAAACUUUUGUGUCAAAAAACACAUAUUGAUACCUCUAGAUAAUUAUUGUGUAUUGUUCUGUGUGAUUUAAAAUAAAUACUUCUAUUUUAUUUUU